AUGCAGAAAUCCUGCCAGAAACCUGUGGACAAAUACAUUGAGUAUGAUCCUGUUAUCAUCUUGAUCAAUGCUGUUUUAUGUAAAGCACAAGCAUAUAGGCACAUUCUUUUCAAUACAAAGAUAAAUAUUCAUGGGAAGCUCUGCAUAUUUUGUUUGCUCUGUGAGGCUUAUCUCAGGUGGUUACAACUACAGGAUUCAAGCCAAAAUAUAGAUCCUGAUGACUUAAUCAGAUAUGCCAAGGAAUGGGAUUUUUAUAGAAUGUUUGGUAUAGCUUCUUUAGAACUAACUUCGUUUUUGCUUGGCAUUUUUAUUGCCUUAUGGUGGAUGAGACCCGAGAUGUUGAAAACAAAAUCUGACUUCAUUUUACUUCUCAAAGCACUGCUAUUGUCCAGCUAUGGAAAGCUUUUGCUAAUUCCAGCUGUUAUUUGGGAACAUGACUAUACGCCUUUGUGCCUUGCGUUUAUAAAAGUGUUUGUCUUGAUAUCAAACUCUCAGGCCGUUAGAGUUACAUUGAACUUGAACCGAAUGCUCCCUUGGUUGGCUAUUGUCUUUGGAUUAAUUUUGGAAAAUGGUGUGGUCUGCUUGUUCCAGAAAAUGGGGUGGGAUAUUUGA